GAGUUUGCGUGGGUGCUAUAGGAAUUAUAUCACACCCUGCUUUAAAAUCUAUCCAAUUGAAUUUAGUCCCGCCAUCACAAACGGGACUGUUAUUAGGCGCACUUAGUGUAUUGGAGUCUAUUACCUCUGUAUUUUCUCCGAUAAUUUAUAAUACCAUGUAUAGUAUUUUAGUUAUGGAAAAUAUGCCACAUUUGAUUUGGUAUGGAAUUGCUGGAGCGUUCGGAAUUGCUUGUUUAUUAUCCUUUGGAAUUAGGCCCGCCAAAAGUAAAAAUAAUGUUGAAGCGAAUUUGUAA